AAGCCAACAUCGCAAAAUUCAAACUCCAUAAGUUAGGCUACGGAUUAGAGGGUAAAGGUUUAUAACCAAAAUUUAAAAAAAGGGGAGACCGGAGUGGAUAGACAAGAACACCAGUUCAGAUACCCAAGGAGCCAACGAUGACAGACUCUCUACACAACGCACCCAUCGUGCUAGACAAUGGCUCCGGCACCAUCAGAGCGGGCUUCGCAGGGGACGAUCUACCGAAAUGCUACUUCCCCUCGUUCGUCGGCCGGCCGAAACAUCUAAGAGUGCUAGCCGGCGCGUUAGAAGGCGAAGUAUUCAUCGGCCAAAAAGCGGCGACAGAGCUCAGGGGGCUUUUGAAGAUUAGGUAUCCUCUAGAACACGGCAUAGUCACGGAUUGGGAUGACAUGGAGAAGAUAUGGGAGUACGUCUAUAGUGAAGGCCUGAAAACCAUGAGCGAAGAGCAUCCCGUCCUCCUAACAGAACCCCCGCUCAACCCGCGAGCGAACCGCGACACGGCGGCCCAAAUCCUCUUCGAAACCUUCAACGUGCCGGCGCUGUACACCUCCAUCCAAGCGGUCCUGUCGCUAUACGCGAGCGGGCGCACGACGGGCUGCGUGCUCGACUCGGGCGACGGCGUCUCGCACGCGGUGCCCGUGUACGAGGGUUUCGCGAUCCCGUCCUCGAUGCGGCGCAUCGACGUCGCCGGCCGCGACGUGACCGAGUACAUGCAGACGCUGCUGCGCAAGAGCGGCUACGUCUUCCACACCAGCGCCGAGAAGGAAGUCGUGCGCCUGAUCAAGGAGUCCGUCUCCUACGUCGCCCUCAACCCCAAGCUCGAGGAGAAGGAGUGGCAGAGCGCCAAGCUCGACCAGGGCAAGGCCGCCGAGUACGUGCUCCCCGACGGCAACCGCCUGCGCGUCGGCCAGGAGCGCUUCCGCGCCCCGGAGAUCCUGUUCGAUCCCGAGAUCAUCGGUCUCGAGUACCCCGGUAUCCAGCAGAUCGUCACGGACUCGAUAAACAGGACGGAUCUGGAUCUGCGGAAGGCGCUCUACGCCAAUAUCGUCUUGUCUGGUGGUAGUACCCUGACGAAGGGCUUUGGUGACCGCCUGUUGAGCGAAGUCAAGAAGCUUGCUGUCAAGGACAUGCGGAUCAAGAUCUUCGCCCCGCCAGAGCGAAAGUACUCGACUUGGAUCGGAGGCAGCAUUCUGGCUGGAUUAAGCACAUUUAGAAAGAUGUGGGUUAGCAUCGACGACUGGCAUGAGGAUCCCGACAUCAUCCACAAAAAAUUGACAUAAGCUUCCCUGUAUGUAUUAAUUUAUCGAAUGAAUACAGGGCAGGCGGAAUGUUUCACGAACACACAAACCUGGGGCGGGGAGGAAAGGGGUCAACGAGUUACGAACAUUGGUGAUCUCUUAUCCCAAUGUAAUAGAUACGAGCGUGACGGAAUUAUACAG